CUUUACAGCGUCCUUACACGGAGAUGAUGCAAUUCUCUACGUUUUGCGCAGGAUCAAGUCGCUGCUCAGAGAGGCUUUGAUUGUACGGCACAAAGUGCCAGGAAGGGGAUUUAUACACAGAACAAUUUUGAUUCUUCCAUUUAGGGCGCUGAUAAGCCGGGCCGACGUCCGUUGUCAUGGUUCCCUGACGCUCUCCCAGGGCCUCACGCCGGGACGCGCGUCACGUGACCGAGGCCAAUAUGGCACCGCCCACGCGGUUCCGCAGCUCACGUGGUUCCGGCAGUCAAGAUGGCGGCGGCGGCCUCUCCGGCUUCCCUGGAUUCGGCUCCGCGGAUCAUGCGGCUGGUGGCCGAGUGCAGCCGCUCCAGGGCCCGGGCGGGCGAGCUGCGGCUGCCGCACGGGCCGGUGGCCACCCCAGUGUUCAUGCCAGUGGGCACGCAGGCCACUAUGAAGGGCAUCACGGCCGAGCAGCUGGACGCUCUGGGCUGCCGCAUCUGCCUGGGCAACACCUACCAUCUGGGUCUGAGGCCGGGCCCGGAGCUGAUCCAGAAAGCCCACGGUCUCCACGGCUUCAUGAAUUGGCCCCAUAAUCUGCUGACGGACAGCGGCGGCUUCCAGAUGGUGUCCUUGGUGUCUCUGUCCGAGGUGACAGAGGAAGGCGUCCGCUUCCGCUCCCCCUACGACGGCGAUGAGACCCUUUUGAGCCCGGAGAAGUCGGUGCAGAUCCAGAACGCACUGGGCUCGGAUAUCAUCAUGCAGCUGGAUGAUGUCGUCAGCAGCACUGUGACGGGCCCACGUGUGGAGGAGGCCAUGUACAGGUCAAUCCGCUGGCUGGACCGCUGCAUCGCAGCCCAUCGGCGGCCAGACAAGCAGAACCUCUUCGCCAUCAUCCAGGGUGGACUGGACGCGGAUCUCCGGGCCACCUGCCUAGAAGAGAUGACCAAGAGGGACGUGCCUGGCUUCGCCAUCGGUGGCCUGAGCGGCGGGGAGAGCAAGGCCCAGUUCUGGAAGAUGGUGGCUCUGAGCACCUCCCAGCUGCCCAAGGACAAGCCCCGAUACCUGAUGGGGGUCGGCUAUGCCACGGAUCUGGUGGUCUGCGUGGCUCUUGGAUGUGACAUGUUUGACUGUGUCUUCCCCACUCGGACUGCGCGCUUUGGCUCCGCCCUGGUGCCCACCGGGAACCUGCAGUUGAAGAAGAAGCUGUUCGAGAAGGACUUCAGCCCCAUAGACCCCGAGUGUACCUGCCCGACCUGCCAGAAGCACAGCCGGGCGUUCCUGCAUGCACUGCUGCACAGCGACAACACGGCCGCCCUGCACCACCUCACUGUGCACAACAUCGCCUACCAGCUGCAGCUGAUGAGCGCCAUGCGCGCCAGCAUCGUGGAGAAGCGCUUCCCUGAGUUCGUGCGCAACUUCAUGGGCACCAUGUACGGGGACCCCACCCUCUGUCCCACCUGGGCCACCGAAGCCCUGGCUUCCGUAGGAAUCACACUGGACUGACCUGGCGCUGGGGAAGGGAGCAAGGGGCUGGAGCAUACCAAACGGUUUUUGUUUCUUUUGGAAUUUUUUUUUUAUUCUAACUUAAAGAGUGUGUCUGUGUCUUCUUGCAGA